AGAGCAAAGUAUCCACGUAGGGUCAGAAACGUUUCUGCGGCCGCAUUUUAUGACGAUUAAACUACUUAAAUAUAUCGAAUUUAACACGAAACGUGGCCUGAAUGAGUGAGCAGAGCAGGCAGAUGUUCACAGCGAUCACACACUGACACACGGCAGAUAUAACAGCACAUAUGAACACACAGAACAUAAUGACAGACAGACAGACUGUAUGAAACAGAUGAAGUGUAGCAGUACACGCAGGGCUUCUGGUCUUGAAGGGGGCGGUGACCGUCACAUUCAUGCGUUACAUAAAGGUGAGACCGUCGGAGUGCGGCUGAGCCGUGGUGCUUUGAGCUGCUUCUGCACCGCUGACCACCACACCAAGCUUCUGCAGCUGCAUUUAUCAAGAGCCACCCUGCACAGAAAGAUGGCGGCUUCCCUGCUGAGGAUAGGACGGCUGGGCUGCGUCAAGUGUUUGCAGGCUGAGAGCUGGAGUACUCUGAGAAGAGCGCCUGCAGCUGCAGCCCUCAGCUCAAAAUCUGGAGGUUCCAAGAAGUCGGGGAAGAAGAGCAGUUCAGACAACCAGCCUAAAACAUACUUCGAUAUAGAGAAACUUGUCCAGCACAAGGCGUAUGACUUUCCCAAGAAAGAAGUGUCUCCAGCAGCAGUAGCUGCUGCAGCAGCUGAGGCUGCAGCUAAACCAGCAGCAGAGCCAACGCCCUCUGCCGCUGCACCUGAGGCUGUGCCAACCGCCCCUGCGGCAGAGGCUGCCGCCCCUGUGGUUGACGCCACUCCAGCUGCUGAAACGACCCCCGAACCUGCUUCAGCAGCUGAAGCCACACCCAUUGUUGAAGAGCCUGCUGCUGUCGAAGCAGUCUCUGAAUCUGCCCCAGCAAUUGAAGCAGCACCUGUGGUUGAAGCUCCACCUGUUGUUGAGGCUGUCGCUGAAGUGGUUGCCGAAGCUGUACCGGUGGUCGAGGCCAUCGCUGAAGUGGUUGCCGAAGCUGUACCUGUGGUUGAGGCCGUCGCUGAAGCGGUUGCUGAAGCUGGACCGGUGGUUGAAGCUGUUGCUGAAGCUGCAGCAUCUAUAGCUGAAGCUGCUUCUGCUGCUCCACCAGCUGAAACUCCUGCUGAAGCUGUUGCAGCCCCAGAAGCUGCAGCUGAAGCCCCAGCUGUCGAAGCAGCACCAGCCCCUGACGCUGCCCCAGCAGACCCUCCUGUCGAAGCUGCUCCUGAAGCCCCUGCUGCAGAAGCUGCACCAGUUGUGGAAGCUGCCCCUGAGCCUGUGGCUGAAGCUGCCCCUGUAGAAGCUGAAGCUGCCCCAGAGCCUGUGGCUGAAGCUGCCCCCGUAGAAGCUGAAGCUGCCCCCGUAGAAGCUGAAGCUGCCCCUGUAGACGUGACCCCAGAACCUGCAGUUGAAGCAGCCCCAGAGCCUGUGGCUGAAGCUUCCCCCGUAGACGUGGCCCCAGAACCUGCAGCUGAAGCAGCCCCAGAGCCUGUAGAGGCCGAAGCUGCCCCCGCUGAAGCUCCUGCAGCUGAAGUUUCUGCCCCCGUGGACAGCGCAGAGGAGCUGGUGGACCCCGCUCCAGUCGUGGCUGAAGCUGCAGGAGAGGAGCUGCAGGCGGAGGCCCCAGCUGAACCAGUUGAACCGCCUGAGGCUCAAAUGGACCCGAUUCAGAAGCUCUUCUUGGACUCCAUACGCGAGUACUCCACCAAAAGCCAGGCCACAGGGGGGCUUGUGGAUGCAGGUUCAGAGUACGAGAAGGCCCUGGCAGAGGAGAUAUCAAAGCUUCAGAGACUCUAUGGUGGUGGAGACCUCACAUCUUUCCCAGAAUUCAAAUUCACAGAGCCCACGCUGGAAGAAGUUUCCCAGAAGUGAACAGCAGCACUUUGCAAAUGAACUUUUCUACCGUCGCCUUUUUCCUAGUGUCUUUAUAGCGUGUUAACAGCCUGCUUAGUGUCAAAGUUACUACAACCCUCGCCUCUAGUUUUGUAUGAGGAUAGAUGUUUGUUUCGGUAGCUGGAUCUUUUAUGGGAAUGUCAGCUAAAGCAUCAGAUGAACAUUUCUGACAAAGUGAACUUAGAGCUGUGGGAUAAACUUUGUGUAGAUUGAACCGUGGCUGAGCUGAAUGUCGAGGAAAAACAAUAAAGUCCAGUUCAUA